AUGCCACCUUUAACAUCAUGUCACAAGAAGAAGAAGGAUGAUGCCACUUUUUUGGAGGAUAUAAAGGAUCACGUUGAUGAAUUCAUCAAUGCAUCCGUGGAUGAGCACAAGAGUUGUUUCACAAUGACUAUUCAAAAGAUGUUUGGAAUGUCAAAGGUUGUCGCGGAGAGGAAUGCCCCCACCUAG